UAACGUGAUUGGUUGAGCUGUGUUUUCAUGUCGAUUUAAAUUUUCAGACGGCGUUCAGGUUGGAAAUCACAGUGUCAGAGUUCAGAGCCGGACUUCUCCUUGUAAGCUGCAUCAGUAUUUCUGAAAGUGUGUUUCCCUCUCGGUUGGAAAAGCAGGAAAAUGGGAAUUGACCAGUUAAACCUAAAAGCCCUGAUCAGAGUUUUUAGGAGAGAGUGUCACCGGGUUUUGGACUCGGAGAGGACCACAGUACAUGGAGCGGACAGCAUGCUGAUGGUCCUCCAGCUGGCCGCUGCUGAGGUCCACAAGCAGGAAAGAGGAGAGUUCGGUGUGGCUUUGAGCGACGUGCUGGAGGCUUGGAAAUGCUUGCUUCUGGACAAGCUCCACCUGUCCCGCGACGGCUCCCCACUCCCCGAGAAUUAUGAGCUCAUCCGGAAAGAGUACGACGGCUUUUUGAAGCGCACCAACACGGUGGACCUGAUUGAUGUCUAUAACAUGUACGAGGAGCUGAAGCGGGAUGAGGACCCCGAGGAUCCCCUAACUGCAUCGCAGAUGUUCGACUUCCUGCUGGGCAGCACGGAGGACGCAGAAGAAGCUGAGACGAUUCCUCAGGUUCCAGCUACGCCAUCGAACCGGGUCAGAACCUGCAGCGCACAGGUGCAGCGAGCAGUCCGGAGGCUCUUUUGCUCAUAUUUGUGUAUGCUGGUGAACACGAAGAACGACUUGGCCCUCGCGCACACUUUGAACACCCCCAACCGCUGUCUAGGGCGCACAGCGUUUACUGACCUCAAACACGCAGCACGCAAAAGCAACACAUCUCUAUUUCUGGCAGCAACUUCGUUUAUCCGGGCGAUAGAGCUGGGUGGGAAAGGCUAUGCCCCUCCGGAGUCUGACCCUUUAAGGAAGCACUUAAAGGGUUUGUCUCUGUUUGUCCAUUUCAUGGACCAACUGGAAGAGAUCCUGGGAGAAACCCCUAACCCCAGUGCUGCUGGAGGCCGGAUGGUGUCCAGCAUUAGAGCGGUUCUCCUGAAGGGUCUCAGUAGCGCUGUUCCAGUGUACACCACUGUAGAAGACACGGUGAAGGACCUCAAGGAAAGAAUCCACCAAAUCCACACCCUUCAGAAAGAGUCCACUUGCGGCACAGGGAUCAGUCCAGCCAGGCCCAGAACGUACGCCAUCAAUCACGCCACUGCCUAUGCAGGCAGAGAGACUGUUAAAGUCCUGAUCACGGUGUUGGAUGAAGAAGCACUGGCGCCGCCCUGCAGGAACAAAGCACAACUGCUCACUGAUGAUCAGACUGUUCUGAAUGAAGCUGAGUCCGUGUGUCUCCUCUCGCUCUACACAUCUCCAGAGGUUCCCACAGGGCUCUCUCCAAAGCCCUUGUGCAAGCGCAUCCAGAGCCAGCAAGAACACGUUAAGUCUAAGGUAAGGGAAAGAGGCAUCCGUUCGCAGUUUGCCUGCACGUACAUGGACGAUGGUCUGCCUCUAAAUCGUGUGCUGGACUUUCCCAGCACGAGUCAGCUCCCGACCUGUGUUCAUCCUGCUCCUAAACAGACAGUCCCCUCAGCUGUUAAUGCGCCCCAUGAGGACGAGUUUGACCCUGCAGACAGAUGCGAAAAACAAGUCGAGGUGGAUCAACAGGCGGCGAUUCUGGCCUGCCGUGGCUCAGGGACCAAACCAGCCCUCAAGCAACGCAACACCAACGGCCCAAUCCGAACAGGUGUUUCAAGGAAAGGAGUGGCAGAACUCCAAACCAUCACCAAAACUUCCAAGAGGAAGCUGUCAAACAGAGAGUGUGUGGAACAAGGAGGUGAUGAGAACCAGCCGCCCCAGAAGAGACCUCCUGCCAAAGCCUGUAGCUCAGGGCCAGGGAAGAAGAGCGGCAGCGUGGCUAGAAAGAAGCUCAUUGCCGGUCAGGGCAAGCUUACAAGCUUUUUCCGGCUAUGAUUUAAAGCUUAUAUGGGAUGCUUCAUCAUGACUUCUCAUGUCCUCUCUAAUCAUGUCCUUCAUCUGAGUGUGUGAUGAGUAUAAAUUAGAACUUUAGACAUGCAUGUGAAGACUUAGACAAUUACUUUCUGAUUAAACCCCUAUGGGGAUCGCUAUUUAAUUAAUGCAUUGAAAACCUUUACAUGCAGUUUUAUAACAUAGGCAUCAAUCAUUUCACAAUGAUCAUGCAUUGUUCAGUUUAUUUUUAGUCAAACAAGUGCAUCAUUUCUGGUUUUAAUAAAGUUUUAUUUAACUGUACAA